GCCCAGAUGAAAGCCAGGCUUAUCGCAGAGACCCGACGGAGGUUCGAAGCUGAGUAUUUGACAGAUAAGUUAGAUAAAUAUGAUCCACGUGACAUUGAAAAACUACAGCAAGAUGAUAACUGGGUUGAAAGUUACUUAUGUUGGCGACAUAACGUCAUAGAGGAGACGCUGAAGAUGCUUGAUGAGAGUUUUCAGUGGAGGAAAGAAUUUACUGUCAAUGACCUGAAUGAAUCUUCCAUUCCCAGAAGGUUAUUGGAAAUUGGUGGGAUUUAUCUGCACGGUUAUGACAAAGAAGGGAACAAACUGUUAUGGAUCAGAGUGAAGUAUCAUGUAAAAGACAACAAAACCGCAUUGGACAAAAAGAAGCUUAUAGCAUUUUGGUUGGAACGUUAUGCUAAAAGAGAAAACGGGAAACCAAUUACAGUGAUGUUUGACCUGUCAGAAACUGGAAUAAAUAACAUAGACAUGGACUUUGUACGCUUUAUCAUCAACUGCUUUAAGGUUUAUUAUCCUAAAUACCUCUCAAAAUUGGUCAUCUUUGAUAUGCCUUGGAUAAUGAAUGCGGCCUUCAAACUUGUGAAAACGUGGCUUGGUCCAGAAGCAAUGAGUUUGUUGAAGUUCACAAGUAAAAAUGAAAUCCAGGAGUAUGUCAGUGUAGAAUACCUGCCUCCCCACAUGGGUGGAACUGAUCCUUUCAAGUAUAGCUAUCCACCACUAGUAGAUGAUGACUUCCAGACACCAUUGUGUGAAAAUGGGCCGAUUACCAGUGAGGAUGAAACUUCAAGUAAAGAAGAUAUAGAAAGUGACGGUAAAGAAACCUUGGAAACAAUUUCUAAUGAAGAACAGACAGCUCCUGUGAAAAAGGUUAACCCAGCAGAACCAAAUUCCAAAGCAGAAGAGAAUGAAAAAGUUGACUCCAAGAUGAAAGUCUUCAAGAAACCACUGAGUGUGUUUAAAGGGCCCUUACUACAUAUCAGCCCAGCAGAGGAACUGUAUUUUGGAACUGCAGAAUCUGGAGAGAAGAAAACUUUAAUAGUGUUGACAAACGUAACUAAAAAUAUAGUGGCAUUUAAGGUGAGAACAACCGCUCCAGAAAAAUACAGAGUCAAGCCAAGCAACAGCAGUUGUGAACCUGGCGCAUCCGUUGAUAUAGUUGUGUCUCCCCAUGGGGGUUUAACAGUCUCUGCACAGGACCGUUUUCUGAUAAUGGCUGCAGAAAUGGAGCAGUCAUCUGGCACAGGCCCAGCCGAGUUGACACAGUUCUGGAAAGAAGUUCCCAAGACCAAAGUGAUGGAGCAUAGGUUGAGAUGCCAUACUAUUGAAAGCAGUAAGCCAACCACUCUUACAUUAAAAGACGGUCCUUUUAACAUGUCAGAUAAAACCAGUGAAGAUAUAUGUCUGCAGCUCAAUCGUUUACUAGAAAGCAAUAGGAAGCUUCAAGACCAAGUCCAGCGUUGUAUCUGGUUCCAGCAGCUGCUGCUUUCCCUAAUGAUACUCUCGCUUGCUUUUGUUAUUUCUUUCUUCUACUUGUACAGUUAGAGGAGUGGCACCCAGUAGGCAACGUGGCUCAUUCAUCUGUUAGUUGGAACAAGUAACUGACUCACAGCUUCUCCACCAAGCCAGAAAGCGCUAGCGGUGAGCACAUCUGUGCUUUCUAGAAGGAAAUGUGCAACAUCUGGAGAGAGGGGGCUAGAUACAUGUCUUAAAAAUAAACUGCUAGAAUAAAG